CAUUCCUUCAUCAUGGCGUGUUUUGUGCAGCACAUGUAACUACACAUUAUUUUUAAAUGAUGGACGGGUAAUUUAAGCGAAACGGCAGCAAAAAUAAUCCCAAACCAACGAACCCACAGCAAUGACAGACUUACAGAGGGGAUUCAGAGGAGCCGACCUGUUUCAGUUUAACGCGUGCAGCACUCUUGGUUGGCCAACAAUAAAGUCUAGCAUGCACUUCCGCGUUGACAAAGUCUCUCCGGUCUCAGGAGCAACAACAGCCGCUAAAAGCUCACCGUUUCAGAGCUGUCUUUUGUCUUUGUGUUAGUAAGAUGAGUCCGCUGUGUGAGUGCUGCUCCGAGCACAUGGAUAAACUGAACCAGCAGGUUUCUGUGAUGCGAAAAGAAAUCAAGAACCUGAGGCAGACGCUAGACAGUGCAAUUAGAGCUCAUCGCAAACAGCUGCUGGCGGUUCAGGCUGUAGUGUCGAAGAUUGGACUCAGCGAAGAAGUUAAAGCUCCAGCACCUACACCACCUUCACCACCGUCGCCAGCAGGAUUAGAGCGAGGGGACAUCCAAACGGUCCCAAUUGGUUACAUUAGUUCCUGUUUUUCUGUGAAGAACGGGACUCCCCGGCAGCCCACUAUUUGUGGCCCUUCAAGGGCAGAACUUCGAAUUCAGCCGAGUGUCUUCAACAACCCGGAGCACGCUCUGGUGGGCCUGGAGCAAUACUCCCAUGUUUGGAUAAUUUUUCUCUUCCACAAAAACGGCCACCUGAGCUACAAAGCCAAAGUGAGGCCGCCCAGGCUGAACGGGCAGAGAGUCGGUGUGUACUCGACACGCAGUCCUCAUCGACCGAAUGCGUUGGGCCUAACACUGGCAAAGCUCGACAAAAUACACGGUGAUACUCUACACCUGUCAGACAUUGAUAUGAUUGCAGGCACCCCAGUCCUGGACAUCAAACCCUAUAUCCCAGAGUAUGACUCCCCCGACACCCGGAGGAGCUAUGAGGAGGACUCAGAGCCCUGUAAUUCAAACACUGACCAAAUGAAUGACGACAAGAGAAACCGCACUAACCUCCCUGAAGGAUCAGACAUAGAUGUGCAGUUAAACACAGAAGAUCGAGGAGCAGCGAGUGAUUAUGUGGGGAAUCUCCUCCCAGAAGAAAAAACGAAUACUAACGCAACAGGUUCAUCUCAUAUCAGUGCUCAGUUUUCUCUGUCCAAAGACCUCAGUAAUGUGCUGGAGGAGGUCAAGGCUUUUGUGAACCAAGACGUUUUCUUAAGUUCUGAGAGUAAGAACCGAGGUUCAGACUCUCCUAAAACUAAACCACCUUUGUUGGAAGUAGACCAUCCCUGCUACGGAGAGGAAGCCUACACUACGAUCGCAGGCUGGAUCAGAGAGCCUCCUGUCGCAAGUCUGGAUGUGCGAUUCAGCCUUCACGCGGAGAGGGAGCUGGCAGAAUUCAUCCCUGCACACCUGUCAGGACUGUCUGAAAGCCACAGACCCCAGUUUAAGUUUCUGCGCAGUACAGAGGAGGCAGUCGCUGCCAUCAGAGGGGUCCUGUCAGCAGACCCCCGAUCCGUCUACAGGAGGACUCGCUGCAAGGACAGACUCUUUUUCUUCACCCUUGACACGGCUGACAUUACCUGCUGGUUUGGACAAGGCUUUGCAGAGGUGCUGCAGGUAAAACCUGUAGAGCCGCACAUUGCUUCAGUAUGAGAAACUUUUUCAUUGAUGGAUUUUGAGCUGAAGAGAGGAGCCUUUCAUGUGACACAAAAACACCCUCUUGUUUGUUCCUUUCUUUUUGGUAUUUCAAUCUAAAUUCUUUGCUGGCAAACUUUUAUUUGUAAAUCAUAUUGGCUUACUUAAAAUCAGACAGAAGAAUAAUGAGGCAUUGUAUAUUCAAAGUUGUAUUGGAUAAUUAAAUAAGAUAUUUAUUUAAAAAACAAA